AUGGCUUCACAGCUCAGAGAAACCUUUCAAGCUGAGUCACCAGUAAAUGAGCUUGAACUAGACAACCUAGAGAUUAUUCCAAACCAGGUUUCUCCUGUGCAGUGGGAAGAAGACAUGUCUAACACCCCAAAUGCUCAUCCUAAAUCCCCCCAAAACAGUGGCUCCUGUGCAAAGCAGGAGCUUCAAACUCUGUGGGAGAUGUUCACCUCCUGGUUGCAGCCAGAAAAACAGAGCAAGGAGCAGAUGAUUUCUCAAUUGGUCAUGGAGCAAUUUCUCAAAAUAGGGUGCUGCAAGGACACGUUUGCAGUGAUAGAAAAGUGGGAAUCAAGUAGCAGAGACAUGGGGAGAUUCAUGGAGAGUCUGACUGAUGAGUGCUUAAAGCAUCCUGUCAUGGUUCAUUUCUCCAUGCAGGGACAGGAAGCCCUCUUUCCUGAGAACAUGUCCUUAAAAGAAGUCAUCAAGCUUUUGAAAGAACAGCAAUCACUAAGAACUGCAAAACAGCAGAAUGUAAUGACACCCUUGCAGUUCCCACAAGACAAUUUAUUGGCAACGG